GGGGCCCCCCCCAGCCCAGUGCAGCAGCGAGCUCCGAGGGGUGGCGGGUUGGAGGGGGGGUGCCGCUCCCAGCGCUCGGUGCUCCAACCUUUGGUGGUCCCGGGGCUCGGAGGUCCCAGCAGAGCUGUAGCUGUCGCGACACCCACCGACACGACCAGGCAUUUCCUCCUCCUUCUCCCCCCCCCCCCCUUCCCUCCCACCCUCCUCCACCUUGCCCCUGCAUCCCCCAGCCGAGCUCUGAAGCCCACCAUGAAAGCCAUCAGCCCGGUGCGGUCGGUGCGGAGCUGUUACGAGGCGGUGUGCUGCCUCUCGGAGCAGAGUUUGGCCAUCGCCCGGGGGAGCAGCAACAAGAGCCCGGCCUUGGAGGAACCCAUGAACUUACUGUACGAUAUGAACGAUUGUUAUUCCAAAUUGCGGGAGCUGGUGCCGGGCAUCCCGCAAGGCACCAAGGUGAGCCAGAUGGAGAUCCUCCAGCACGUCAUCGACUACAUCUUCGACCUGCAGAUCGUGCUGGAGGGGGCCAAGGGCCGCGACCCCUCCUCCGAGGCCACCCUGCUCUCCCUGAAGGCGGCCGACCUCGCCUCUGAACUCUGCUCCAAAGACGAGAGAAGUUUGUGUCACUAACGGCUCCUCCAUCAGCAAACAGGCAGCGAGUGUCGGUUCCUGGUUCGUUAUCAGCCGGAGGUAAAUAGCAGCUUCCUCCGUGGCGCCGGGCUGUCUGCGACCUACCGGCCCCGGCAUCGCCUCCCCCGGGCCCGGGCACCGCAGGCGGGGAGCGGCUGGUCCCGACCCCCCUCCAUCCCUCCACCGCCAGCAUCCCCCCCCCACACCCCCCCCUCCGAACCCGGAGUGCAGCAUCCCGGCUUUCGCAGGACUUUGGACCCGAACCUUAAAUGAGACAUUUUUAAUGAUAGACUGAUGAAGAGGCGGUUGUCUGUAUAUUUUUGGAUUAUAGCAGCGAGUCCUUUUUUUUUUAAAGGUGUUUGAUGGGAUGGGGGGGGGGAAUUAGGGGGUUUUGGGGAGGGGGGGGACACGACUCACACACACACACAUCCUCGAGUAUGAACCAAACUCUCUGGGGCCACGGCCUCGUGUAUUGUGGAGCUCUAUACUAGAGUAUAAUGUUUUGUACCUUUUGUGCAGGAAGGUGAAUUUCUGCAAACAUGCCUUGUACUUGCUUUAUAAACUUUUUAUAAAAGUUACCAUUUUUACAUAAUAAAAAAAAAAAGUCGGUUU